AUGGAGUCAAAUAUUUGUCCAGCACCAUUGAUAGCUUCUCCUAUAAGUAAUUAUACCGAUAAAACUUGUAUUGGAGGAUGUUGCCUUCCAUGUCCCUACAUAAAUAAUUUCUAUCCCCCAGCUCAAAUAGAUACGAUAUAUACACCAAGUAAAAGAGAACAUCCUGCUAUGAUCGUUCUUCUUUUAAACGCUUUUCUCUUAUUAUUUCUCAGUGUCACUUUUUUUUACAUUGGAAAUCAUAAGUAUAUUCAAUGUGCUGACGACUUCACUCAAUCAACUAUGGAAAACAAUCUUCUUUGCGGGAUACAAGCUGUCACAAAAAAUAUUUCAUUCGACUUUGGUGCUGUUUGUUUGGUUUCUGGGAAAAUCUCUUUAAUAAUUUUCUGGACUCCACUGGCCGUUUUUGUCAUACCUGCAUUUUUGAUUCAUUUAAUGACUUUUGUACAUAUUUCUAGGGCACAAUGGAUGUUAGCGCGCGAUUUUGAAAAUUCAUCCUUAGGAACGGUCAUAACACGAUCAAGUAUCUCUGUGGGUCCUAUCACCGGUCAAGAUGUUUUGAACGUCAUUAAGAUUCAAUGGCGCUCUUUAUUAUUAACUAUGAUUUUGAUAUUUACUUUCAUUAUCUUUAUGAUAUAUUCAAUUUUGGCAACACACCAAUUAUCCCCAUUUCUUUCAGACUCAGCUAAUGCUUCUCCAUGGAUAUUUGAAUGGAUAUCUUGCCUUGUGAAGUAUCACUCGACAAAUAAUGGUCAAAGUCAAUUGUAUUUUCACGGACUUGACAGUGAUACACAUGAUUCAGGAACGGGUAAAGGUGAUCAAGGAACCGGCGAUUAG